UGGUCAGCGAGCCUCAGCGUCCUCCACGAGCCCUUCCACCUGUGCCAAGUGCUAUUCAAGAUGAUAUUCCACUUAGUCAUCCUAAGAAAAAGAAAUCCAGAACGAAAAGCACACUAGCUACUGCUUCUUUGGAAGGCUCUGCCGAGCCCAUUGUUAGUAAGUGGUCGGAGAGCAGUGAGCCACCAGCUGCAGAUCUCAAGGAGUAUCCAGAGGCUCCUGUUCAGAGGAGACAGAAGAAGAUAAGGCCACCUCCUGAGUUGGAGACUUCCUUCGCUGAAAAGCCAUCAUCUAGUCCAUCUUUCCUACGCAAUGAAAAUGGUGUCAAUGUGGAGCCACCGGCAGAGGCAGUCAUUCCAAAACCACGAAGGAAGGCCAAGAAAACGCAGCCAGCAGAGCUACAGUAUGCUGAUGAGUUAGGGGUAGAAGAUGAAGACAUAAUUACAGAUGAGCAGCGUACCCUAGAGCAGCACUCCAGGUUCACAGCACCCACGGGAAUUAGCCAGCCUGUCAGCAAAGUAUUUGUGGAAAAAAGCCGGAGAUUUCACGCAGCAGAUCGUUCAGAGUUGAUAAAGACCACAGAAAACAUAGAUGUGUCGAUGGACAUGAAGCCAUCCUGGACCACCCGGGAUGUGGCGCUUUCAGUGCACCGAGCUUUCAGGAUGAUUGGUCUGUUUUCUCACGGCUUCUUGGCUGGCUGUGCUGUGUGGAACAUUGUUGUGAUCUAUGUUCUUGCGGGAGAUGAGCUGUCUGACCUCUCCAACCUUCUGCAGCAGUACAAGCACUUGGCAUACCCUUUCCAGAGCCUCCUCUACCUGCUUUUGGCCCUAAGUACGGUUUCAGCGUUUGACAGGACUGACUUUGCUAAAACCUCAGUAGCUAUCCGGAACUUUUUGGCCCUGGAGCCAACAGCUUUAGCUUCUUUUUUGUACUUUGCUGCUCUAAUACUGUCUCUGAGUCAGCAGAUGACAAGUGAUAGGAUCCACCUUUACGCACCGUCUGUUAAUGGGAGCCUCUGGGCAGCAGAAAUUGAGGAGCGGUUUCUCCAGCCAUGGAUCAUUGUGAAUCUGGUGGUGGCCCUUCUGGUUGGAUUAUCCUGGCUCUUUUUGUCUUACAGGCCAUCCGUGGAUCUUAGUGAAGAGCUAAUGUUCUUCUCUGAUGUUGAGGAGUACCCUGAUAAAGGAAUCCAAGCAUCCUCAUAGUGCCAACUCCUUCACUGCAGUAAAGACCUGCAUUUCCCCACUCUUGUUUUUAAGUAUAUUUUUAUAAGAUGUGUGUAUGUGUAUUUAUAAUUGAGCUUUUGUUAUAUGAUGCUGAAAUGCUUCUGAAGAUUAUGAAAAAUGUUUAAAUUGUAUUUGGUCUUUAUACCCAACAUUAAUUUCUGUAGUAUUGUCACCUUAGUGAUACAGGAGAUAAUGAGCUAAAAAAAGCAGGUGAAAGUGUUUUCUUCCUGUUUUCUCAAAUUUGCUGCAUUCAUAAUAAAAAGCACCAAUUUAGAAAAGCCAUAACUUCAGUGUUACACAAUAUAUAUCACGUUUCAAUAUCAACUUAGAGAAUAGGGUAGAAGGCUAAAUGAUUUCAUUUUAUUUUUUUGAUGUCUCUUUAUUGAACACACUACAGUAUAAAAUUUAUAUUUUCUGAAUCUGGCCAAGUGUUUGUGUAUCAUGUAAUAAUUAUGUUGUAAUUUGAAUUGAAAAAUGUUUCAUGUCAUGGCUAAUAAAACAGACAGGUAUCUUUUUGUUUGAAAA